UCCUAGACGCGUUUCCCAUAAUGCUGCUCUUAGGACAUCUGCAGCCUGCAAGAUGGCGCAAGCAAUAUUUGAGGCAUUUGAAGGCAUGGACAACCAGACCGUCCUUGCUGUACAGUCACUGCUGGAUGGACAGGGUGGUGUGUCGGACCCCACAGCUCAAAAUGUCAGCAGUUCUGCAGCCCUGCAGGGACUUGAUGAUGAAGAUGUUUUUCUGUGCGGGAAAUGCAAAAAACAGUUUAACUCUUUGCCCGCUUUCAUGAUCCACAAGCGGGAGCAGUGCCAUGGCAAUCAACCUUCCCUGGCGUCGGUCUCUCUGGGUAAUCACAGCGUGUACACCCCGGCGGUCAGCUCAGUACAGCAGUCGCCAGUUAACAGACAGAUCUCCACCUAUAUCACAGUUCCGCCAUCACCUCUCAUCCAGACCCUGGUGCAAGGAAAUGUCUUGGUGAAUGAUGAAGUCCUGCUUUCUGCAAUGUCAGCACUUACCUCGCUGGAUCAGCCCAUGCCACCCACACCAGCCCCCGUGCAGAGUAACCUCAGCAUGCACACUGGUGGCACCUAUCUCCACGCGCCCUCUCUUCCUCCCCGACCUUCACAUCCACCAGCCCCAGCUGCACCGGGGCAGAAUCUUAUGGGGGUCCCUGUCCAAGCAAACAGUGGCAGCUGCAGUACUGUAGUGCAAGUCUACAGCUCUCCCAUCAGUAUGCCAGGAAACACUGGCAUGGAAAUCCAUGGCUUGGGUAUGGCACCCUACACCCACAUAGAGGUUCCAAGCCAGUGUGUUGAGAGUACGGUUUAUAACACUCCCCCUGUAUACAGCCCAGGGAAACAGGGGCUAAAAUCAAAAACUACAAGUACCUGUUCGCCUUGUGCUGAUGGCAAUGGAAAUAGUAUGGGAAACCUGGAGGCUGCCAUCCCCAACAAGACUCGCCGCCCAAAGACGGACAUCAGUGGUCAGAAUGGAAAGCCGAAAUCUCCAAAACUGAAGUGUACCUUCUGUGAUAAAGCCUUUGGGAAGAACUUUGAUCUCCAGCAGCACAUUAGAAGUCAUACUGGGGAGAAGCCUUUCCAGUGCAUUGUAUGUGGACGAGCAUUCGCACAGAAGUCCAAUGUCAAAAAACAUAUGCAGACUCACAAAGUAUGGCCGAGAGCUCAAAAUACCACCAACACUCAAGGAUCCAUGACGUUACAGGUGGUGCCACUUAACCCUUCGCAGCCAGAAGAAGAGAGUGUUGAAAAUGGAGUCUCCAGCCAGGUCCCACCUGAAGAUGCAUCUUCUCAGGUGGUAGACACGUCUCAGAGUGGGCCAUGCGAUGGGUCAGAUGCCAAGCAGGGGGUUAUGAUUGACAGCUCCUAUCACUGCCAGUUCUGCAACAGCAAGUUCAGUAGCUACUUCCAGCUUAAGUCUCAUAUGACGCAACACAAACCGGAACAGGUGUACAAAUGUGUGGUUAAGGGCUGCAUUCACACAUCGCAGAAGCUGGACCAGUUUUUGGAACACAUCAAAACUCACCAGGAGGACAUGACGUACCGAUGCCACAUCUGUAACAAAGACUUCUCUUCUCUGUAUGAGAUGGGCGUGCACCAGUACUCCCAUAGUUUGCUGCCCCUCAUUGCCCCCAAGAAGGAGAUGGCUGUGUACAAGUGUUUGAAGUGCAUGAAUAAGUACUCCACCCCAGAGGCAUUGGAGCAACAUCUACAGACAGCCACACACAGCUACCCCUGUCCACACUGCCAGAAGGUGUUUCCAUGUGAACGAUAUCUAAGGAGACACCUACCUACACAUGGAGGAGGUGGUCGUUACAAGUGUCAGAUCUGUAAGAAAUUAUUUAGAAGGGAACACUACUUGAAGCUUCACAGUCACAUCCAUUCAGGUGAAAAGCCUUUCCGGUGUUCACUGUGUGAGUCUGCAUUCAAUCGCAAGGACAAGCUGAAGAGACACAUGCUGAUUCAUGAGCCCUACAAACAGUACAAGUGCCCCUUUGCGUCUCACACUGGAUGCAACAAGGAGUUUAAUCGGCCAGAUAAGCUAAAGGCUCACGUUCUGUCACAUUCAGGAAUGAAAAUGCACAAGUGCCAAUAUUGCUCGAAGUCAUUCAGUCGGCGGGCCCACAUGAUAGAGCAUCAGCGAAGCCAUACCGGGAAUUACAGGUUCUGCUGUCCCAACUGCGGCAAAGGCUUUACCCGUCAGAAGUAUCUAAAAGAACAUAAGUGUCGACUACACCUGGAAAGUGAGAAAGAACAGGUCAGGAAGGGGCAGAGAAAGCGAGGACGGGGGAAGCCUGAUGAAGAGACUGGUCCUGAAGAGGAGGAGGAGAUAACGCUGACAGAGCUGAAGAGCAGUGGAGAGCAACUGGAUGGCACGGGUCCGGCAGAAGACAAUUACCAGCAAACUGAUGCCGUGCUUUCUAUUGUAGUGGAUGGAUCUGCAGCUGCCAGGGAAGGCUUGGCAGUGCCCUCCGGCCAGGACACUACAACCCCUACCACUGUGACACUAGCCGAGCUGCAGAAUGCCACCGAUCCUUCAUGUUCCAUGCUGGCAGUGCCCAUAUAUAUACAGAGUCAAGAGUGACGGGAUUGUAUAUACAGCACCGCGCCAUUCUUGUGGAAAGAAGUACUUGCUUUACACAAUAUUCAGCAGCUUCAUGUCUAUACAAUGGCAGCAUGGCAUCUCAUUCCUUACCAGCUAAAGCGAUCUUCUGCCAUACCAUCCGCCCAAUGAGCCAGACAGUUGGGUUAUCUGAUGUUAGACAGGAUUACAAUGUAUUAUACAAUGCACAAACUGUAUAUAUGGAAUUUAUUUAUAUUUUUUUUCACUUCGCCUGUGUAUAGAUGUGUUUUAUGUGUGUGUAUGGAUUAUUAAACAUACAUGUCUUUAUACAAAGUUGGUUGCUCCAUUUUAUACCGUGGCUUGUGAUGAUGUAUACAAAUAGUUGAUUUUUACCAUCCUUUACUAUGUUUUUCAGUGCCACAUAGGUGGGUGCUAUGAAUGGGCCACAGGGCUGAAGGUGGCUUCUUUUACAGGAGCCCCUGCUAGCAUGUUUUAAAGAGGUCUGUCAUGGUGACUGAUUCUAUACAUUCGUGAACCUGGAAAUCCCUGCAAAACGUGCCUUCCAAUAAAG